GCAAUCAUGAGUCUCUCCGCUAAAGAGAAAGCGACCGUUACUGACUUCUUCCAGAAGGUUGCCUCUCGGUCGGAGGAAAUCGGAACCGAGGCACUUUCUAGAAUGCUGGUUGUCUACCCCCAGACCAAAUCGUACUUCGCUCACUGGAAGGACACCAGCCCCGGAUCUGCGCCCGUGAGGAAACAUGGCAUCACUAUCAUGAAUGGCGUGUACGAGGCCGUUGGCAAAAUAGAUGAUAUCACUGGUGGCCUCCUCACCCUGAGUGAGCUGCACGCCUUCAUGCUGAGAGUCGAUCCUGUGAACUUUAAGAUCCUAACUCACUGCAUUCUUGUGGUCCUGUGCAUGCUGUUUCCGGAGGAAUUCACUCCUCAGAUUCACGUGGCUGUUGACAAGUUCAUGGCCCUCCUGGCUCUGGCCCUGAGCGAGAAAUACCGUUAA